CCUUUUAAUUCGGACUGUCACGGUGUAGUUGCAGGAAAUGACAAACAGGAGGGAGGCAGACUCGCUGGCAUACGAGCCGAAAUGAUUAUUUAUACCAGAAAAUGGAAAAUGUCGAUUUAAUCACGUGUAAUGUUAUUCUGUUGAAGGAAGCGUGAGGAUUUGCACAGGGCUGACUGCUACAUCGCAUGGACAUCCAUAGUGUAAGAUCGCACCUUCCAAGUUCAAGAGAACCAAGAGAAACAUUUUUCAUGUGUUUUUUUUUCCCUGCAAGAUCUCAGCGUCGUGAUCGUCCUCACAAGCAUCACACCAUCUGAUAGAUUGCUGGAGAACAACUGCCACAUGAAAUGUGGAUCUUCUGCUGAAGUGCAGUUUUAAAGCUUUUUGGGAGGUUUUUUUCCGGUUUGUUUGCAUAUACAGUCGUAGUACGUUUUACUCAUGAAAAAUAAUCUUUGGAGCGGUUCCCGGGACAUGAAUAUGGUGAUGCCGAGCAAAAGUGCGGAAUGGCUGCAGUAUGAACUGGAAUCCGGCGGGAGCUCCCUGCUCCUGCUGGACUGCAGAUCGCAUGAGCUUUUUGAAUCGUCUCAUAUAGAGACGGCCAUCAAUUUAGCGAUUCCAGGACUGAUGCUCCGAAGACUCAAGAAGGGCAAUCUGCCCAUCAAGUCCAUUAUCCCCAAUAACGAGGAUAAGGAGAAGUUCUUGAAGCGAUGCAAGACGGACACCGUGCUUCUGUACGACGAGGCCACUUCGGACUGUCAGGAGAGCGGAGCGCCCACUUCGGUCCUUGGGCUUCUGCUCCUGAAGCUCCGGGACGACAGCUGUAAGGCUUUUUACCUGGAAGGGGGGUUCAACAAGUUCCAGACGGAUUACCCUGAGCACUGCGAGAUCAGCCUGGACACCUCCUGCCCCAGCAGCUCACCUCCAUCCUCUGUACUGGGCCUGGGUGGGCUGCGCAUCAACUCGGACUGCUCUGACGGGGAGUCCGACCGGGAGCCCGGCAGCGCCACCGAGUCGGAGGGGAGCCCGUUGCCCAGCAACCAGCCAGCCUUCCCCGUCCAGAUCCUUCCGUACCUGUACCUGGGCUGUGCCAAGGACUCCGCCAACCUGGACAUCUUGGGCAAGUACAACAUCAAGUACAUCCUGAACGUGACGCCCAACCUGCCCAACAUGUUUGAACACGACGGCGAUUUCAAGUACAAGCAGAUCCCCAUCUCUGACCAUUGGAGUCAGAACCUUUCCCAGUUUUUCCCUGAAGCCAUCUCCUUCAUUGAUGAGGCUCGUUCCAAAAAAUGUGGGAUCCUAGUGCACUGCCUGGCAGGGAUCAGCCGGUCUGUGACCGUGACCGUGGCCUACCUGAUGCAGAAGCUCAACCUGUCCCUCAACGACGCCUACGACUACGUCAAGCGGAAAAAGUCCAACAUCUCGCCGAACUUCAACUUCAUGGGCCAGCUGCUGGACUUCGAGAGAACACUGGGCCUCAACAGCCCGUGCGAUAACCGCUCGCCCAGCGACCAGCUCUUCUUCACCACGCCGACCAAUCACAACGUUUUCCAGCUCGACACGCUGGAGUCCACUUGAAGGCCGGCUGCGGGGGGGGGAUGGGUGGGCAGCCACCCGGUUGAAUGUUUAUUUUCUGUCUCCUGUAGCAUUUCAGACCUGUUGUCCAGGCCAGGCAGCUAACAGGGGAUAGGGAGCAGGUGGCACCUUGGAAUUCAGCUUUACCUGCGAGGGUCCAUCCAGGACCCUCUGCUGCUCCUUUGGCCAUUAAGAGGAGGCCCUGUGCGCCUUUCAGACAGACUCCUUUUUUGUCUUAUUUCAGAAAAAAGGAAGUAAUAGACUGGAAAACUGCCACAAAGAGCUUCAUACAAAGAGGGGAAGAUGAAACUGCAGCGCUUAACUUAUUUUCUGUGGAGACGCACCUUGGCUUUCUUGACUUGGAAGUUGCCAGCAGAGUUCCCACUGGGGUGUUGUCUAGUUUAUUUUUUCAGGAGGGUGAACUCACUCUACUGGAUGUAGGGUCAGAUCUCAAAACCAAGAAACAAACACACUUAUCAUCACGUAUGCAUAUAAAAUGUAUGUACUAUACUAUAUGCGUUCCGUGAAUAUAUAAUAUAUAAAUAUAUUUUAUAUAUAUAUAAAUGAAUAUAUAUAAAAUAUAUGUUUUAUAAAAUGGAUAAAUACACGCAAGUUUUUUUGUAGAAAAGAAUCUGACUGUAACAAAAAAGAAAUGAGAGAAAAGAACUUAUGGCUGUUUGUUUUGCAGGGCCGCCCCCCCCCCCCCCCCCCGCCCCCCAGCCUACGUUUCUAAUGACGUAAUGCAGUUUGCACAGUGGUGAAGCCUUUCACAUCUUGGCACUUAAAGCUGGUACUCCAGCCGUAUAAAGGGACGUUCAGAGUUCUGCCGGGACGGCCAGUUCUAGGCUGUGACGUGCCGCUGCAGUCCUUUAGAAGGUCAUUGUUCCUAAAGACAUACAAAAGAUGGACCUCUUUCUCACAUUGAUGAGCCUUGGCGAUACUACUAUGGGUGUUAUUAUUAUGAUUAUUAUUAUGAUUAUUAUUAUUGUGCCAGAAUAGGCUCCGCUCUCUAGCAGUGUAGGACUUUGUCCGCUGAAAACAGACAGACGGGACCCGUCUUUUUAAGGACUGACGCUGCCGGGAGCCCGGGAGAGGAGCGCGCGGUGCCCACAGAGGGCUUUCGUUGACAGAAACAUUGAGUGGGUGGAUGAGGUUGGAUGAGGCACUGCAGGAGUUUAGAGUUGCUUUAAACUGGCCUUAUAUAACCUUUGUAAAGCAUUUCUAAUGCUGACUGUUUGAUACUGUAUUUGUAUUUGACUUCAGAACUGGUUUUUUUUUUUUUUAAAAAAAAAAAAAAACAUUGGAAAAACAGCCUAGUAAUAAUGAACAUGCCACGUGUUUUUUUUGUGACUGGUCCGAAUAGAUGGUUCUCAUUCUCUGCAAUACGAACGUUUUUUUUUUCUACCGAUCUUGUUGUUUUUGAAUUCCUCUACUUUUGUAUAAGAUCAGCAGAAGCACUUGGGUUUAUUUGCAACCUGGGGUGACAAAGUAUAAGGCGAUAAAGGAGCUGGCUAAUAAUUUUACAGUCUUUAAUACUGGGAACAAUUAACCAAUGCAUUUGCCUCUGUUCCUUGAGAACGGUUUGAUUGGAGGACCUGGUGUCUAUGGGACUUGAUUCUUCUUUUUUUUAAACUAAUAUCUUUCAUAUGUGUUUAAUCUUGUGGCCUUGAAGUCAUGUGGACCUAAUAUGCAAUCUUAAUCUCCCAGUCAUAUUGAAAAUCUCAAGUCUCUUUUCAUGCUUGCAACAGAUGCCUUCAUUCCUACAUACGAUCUCAGUCACGACUCGGAUGCGGCGAGACCAUAAGAGCCAAUUUACUUGUACCCCGGGAUCUCUUUCUAAAAACAUACAUCUCACAAUGGAGAUUUUAUUCUUUUGUUUUAAUUUAAGAGAAUAUUUGCUUUCCAUCUGCUCUUUGUGGAGGAAUGUGUCUUUUUAACAACUAUAAGAGGAACUACGCUCUUUCCUGUCUCCGUUUUGUAUAUUUCCUGAGCACGGGAACCUCAGUUUCUGUGAAGUACCUUGUAGCGCGAGUUUUAAAGAAAGUGCCAGAUGAACUAAGGCUGGUUUUAAGAGUGACAGUGACUAAAAUGUAUUUCUUACCUCACCGAGGAUUUUUUCAGGGAUUUUUUUGACAAUGCAUCUGCAUCGUGUUACAGCUCCACGUAAUUAUGUCAUCGCUGUUUUAUAUGUGCUGUAUACAUUUUUUAAGAUGCAAUCUAUAUAUGUGUAUAAAACUUGGCUUGGUUUCAGGGCAGUUCUACUUUAUGAAGGAUAUAAAAUUGACCCUAUGUAUUGUAUAGUAUAUGAAAACCAAUACAAGACAUGUUUAUACUACAAAUAAAUAUUGAAUUAUUUUUUCUUUACAAA